AUGGCCAAAACGACCGACCCCAUUAUCAACUGCCUGGAACGAAACUGGGACAUGAUCGAAUUGACUCUGGCGGGCAUGGACGACGAUAUGCUCACUCGCGCGCCCGCCAACGAGUGCAACUCGGCAGCCUGGAUACUGUGGCAUUUGACCCGCGUAAUGGACAUGUUCGUCCACUUGCGGCUCCAGGAUGCAGAGCAGCUGUGGACAAAGGACGGGUGGGUGGAGCAAUUCAGCGUGCAGCCGGGCAUCGAAGACAGGGGAGUUGGUUGGACCGCGGAGCAGGUGGCGGCGUGGACCCCGCCUUCGCGAGAGGUGCAGGAGGGUUACUACCUUGCCGUGAAGGCUGCCACACAGGCUUACCUGGCCCAAGUCACGGAGGAGGAACUGGCCAGGGAGAUCGUGCUGCCGCCGCUUCCCGAGCCGAGAAGCCUCGCCGCGUGCUUUGGACAGGUUAUGUGGGACAACCUGGCCCAUGGCGGGCAGAUAGCGUACCUGCGUGGUCUGUACCAGGGUAUGGGCUGGCACCGUUAG